GUGUAGGCAGGUAGUCAGAUAACGCAGGGAACUGUGUAAAACACUUGUUACAAAUAAGGCUGUGCUGUAUCAUGCAUAUCAAGGAAGCUUGUCCAUCGUCUUAUGUUCUGCAACAGUGACUAAGAGUAAUUGCUGUCAGGACUUCAGAUGGAUGCAUUUGUAACCAGAAUACGGAAAUGCAAGGUGGAUCCCACAGGGGAGAAAGGGAAGGAAGCAGGACCCGACUCAGAACAGGAUGAGAGAAGCACUGAAGACGAAGGGAGGCUGGAGCAAAGGCUUCAAUACUGCAGUGGCUUAGUGGAGGAUGACACCGAGUUUACAGAACCCCUUCCUUGGAAGAAGAUUGAGGCAGAGGGACUGGACUGUGACUACACUCUACUCUUCCCCAGGCUCCAAGCAGACAGUCACUUUCAACAGCUGGAGAAGGAAGUGCAGUACUUGUCAGGGGACUUGGCGAAAGUGCAGGUGUUUGGAAAAUUUCACAAUAUUCCGAGGAAACAAGCCACCUAUGGAGACCCUGGGCUGAAUUAUUCCUUUUCCGGGCUGAAGCUGAUGGCCAGGCCUUGGACACCUGUCCUGGAGAUCAUCAGAGACCAGAUUACUGAGGCCACUGGACACACGUUCAACUUUGUGCUGGUGAACAGGUACAAAGACGGGAAUGACCACAUAGGAGAGCACCAGGAUGACGAACGGGAGCUUGACCCAGCCAGCCCCAUCGCAGCUGUCUCCUUCGGGGCGGUCCGGGAUCUGGUGUUCCGCCACAAAGAGGCGCGCGGCAAAAACGCAGCCAGGAAGAUCGAGCCCGUCAAGGUGGCUUUGCAGCACGGCAGCCUGCUCCUCAUGAACUGGCCCACCAACGUCAACUGGUACCACAGCUUGCCUGUCCGGAAGAAGGUGUUGACACCAAGGAUCAGCCUGACCUUCCGCAGAGUCAUCAAGCAGCACAAGAGCCAAAAAUAACAGGACUGUAUCACUGGAGCAUUAUUGCUAGUAUGUUGCUGAGUGAUUACGUGCUCAAUGUCGCAGGCGCACUAAUGUGAACCUGGGAACACAGAAUUAUUACACUCUUUUACGGUUGUUCAUAUUCAUUAUUAUAAAGUCAAGAUGCCACUUUGAAAGUGAUGGUGUGGGUCAGUGUGUUGCACGUCCCAGUGAAAUGCUGUAUUCUAGAGGGCGCUAUUCUCACCACUCACAUUUACACCAUUCAUAUUAU